GUCUGUAUAUAACGUCUUAGUAAAAUUUCUGAAUGUUUUUGCAAAUCCUAAAUGAGUAUGUAUAUCUAACAAAAUUGCAGCUCUAGAGUUUUGCAUUGUGCUGUGGAUAACGAUGCAUACGGGUGUGAGUUGUUUCUUUUAUGUACAUCAUUUGGUUAUGAAGCAUAGAUACGAUGAACUCAAGUUGCAAAUCUUGUCCGUAGUUUCAAUUCAAACAUUUUCUUGGAGCCUGCUGCUGCAACAUGUUUUGCAUACCUAAAGACAAAUAGUCAAAAAGCACACAGAAGGGUUGUCAUUUUCCCAGACUGCUCUGAGAAAGCCAGCGUUUUCUUCUGCAGUCCACAGUGUCAACUCACAAUGGAGAGGAUCUUGCUAGUCUUGUUUCUUUCAGCCUGCCUCAUCUUCUCUAGCAGCCUUUCUCGUCAGUACCACUUUGUUGAUCUAGCUCUGACUUGGACUGAAGCUCAGGCCUACUGCAGACAAACGCUUACUGACAUCGUCACCAUCCAGGACUCUGAAGAACUGACCCGGCUCUUGGACACGCUUUCAUCUGCUAGGCAUAGCUCUGACGCCUGGAUUGGUCUCUACAGUGUAGUCCACUGGAUGUGGUCUGAUGGCUUCACAGGGGCCGGUGCUAACUACAGCAAUUGGGAAAUCAUUUUUAAUGAGCCAAAUUUUAUUGGAGCCAGUCAGUUCUGUGUGUCUGUCGGAAGUUCUGGAUUGUGGUGGGACGAUUACUGUUCAGAGAAUUACUCGGUUGUGUGUUACAAUGGCACACAGCUGGAUCCUCAAUAUGUUUAUGUGAACAAAGAAAUGAAUUGGUCCAGUGCCCAGAUGUACUGCAGGGAGAACUUCGUAGAUCUGGCUACAGUAAGCAGUGAUGAACAGAACUGGAUGAUCGAGAAAUUGAUGUAUUUUGGAAGCUACUCGUGGAUUGGUCUCUUUAGAUAUUCAAACUUCUUCUGGUCUGAUGGCAGCAGUGUCUCGUUCACCAACUGGGAUAAUGUCUACAAUCCAAUCGACUCAAUGACUCUUAUCUGUGGCAUAACAUCUGUAAACAAUGGGGGAAAAUGGAGGUUUUUGUCCUGUGAAACAAAAUUACCUGUUGUCUGCUACCAUGACCCCAUAGUAAAGAAGCAGAGCGUGAAGCUGAGCGUGAAGCUGAGACUGAAGACUGAGGACUCUGUCAAUCUCAACGACGCUGUUCUGAAAGACAGCAUCCUUAAGAAGCUCCAGGACAGGCUGGAGGAGAACGGAGGGGAUGAGAUCACCCUGAAGUGGAGAGAGCAGCCUGAUGGUGAAGUCUUCAAGAAAGAAGGACAAGCAGUGGUGCCUGUUCUUUAA